AUGCCUGAGUUUGUUUUUCAUCCACAAGUCGUUCAUAGUUUAUUACUAAGGGAAGUUUUACAGCCUAAUCCUAAGGAGUUUUGGGCUAAGGUUGCUGGCCGUUGCAUACGGUUUAGUGCCGAAGAAUUUUACCUGAUUUCUGGUUUAGAUUGUUUCGGUGAUUGCAACAAGAUUCUGAACUGGAGCAACACCAUCGUCACCAAAAAUCCAACCCUUCGAGACUUGAAGGGCAAGAUUUUUGAUUUACCUUUGGAGAAGGUACUUUACGAUAAAAAACAUGCGUCCUGCGAUGAAGAGAGGCAGCAGCUUCAACUUGACGGUCUAUUUCUCGAUGAAUCUAUUGAUGAACGUGGUGUAGCGAAGCAAUCCUUCGAGGGUGGCUCAUCUUCAAAGAAGUCUGAUUCAGCAGAUAUUGAUUGGAUGAAAUCUAAGCUGGAGAUGCUCAGCAUUCUUCUUGUUCCUUCUGCUGAUGUGAAUCCUUCUGAGGAUGUUGGAGGGAGUGAUAAAAAUGUUAAGGAUGUUGAGAAGCCGAAGGGCGAUGAGUCUCGAUUGAAGGGGGACGAUUUCUUUGAUGGGUUGAGCCAGCUUGUAAUAGAUGAUGAUCAAGUUGUGUUGGCUGGCUUGGAGGCUGUUGCUAAAAUCAAUGUCCCCGCACCCAAUCCAGAUGUUGUUGGUGAAAAGUCAGAUGCCCUUCAUACUGAUGAAGAAACUGAGGAUACUGUCUCUGAUACACCUCUGUUGGAUAAGAGGAAGCGUGCUCCGGCCUUGAAAUCUCCAUUUGUUGAUUUCGGGUCUGCUGAUGUCGGGAGCACUCCAAUGGAGCUUAUGUCCUCAGGUUCUCAAUCAGUUGGGGAUGAUAGGGAUUUCAAAAUGGUGACUUAUGUGAAGGGCCUUUAUGCUCUUAAUGAUGCUUUUGCUGAUCCCGUAUCUACCGAGAUUGAGGCAAAAUUUGACUCUUGGAUUGGUGAAGGAUUGCUUAAACAUCCCAGGCAUUAUAAUUGUUAUGAAGACGGCGCAAAGAAAUUUACCCCGGGUUUUAGGCUAGGUGUUGAUUAUGUUGAGGAUAAAACUUGGUUUUACCAUUUGGCCACAUGCGACAUGUUUAUGAACGACUCGCAUAUGAACACCAUAUUCUAUUACCUUUGGAAAAAAGGUAAGUAUUCUUCCGCUGUGACGUUGAAUUUCGCAACUACUGAUUGUCUUUUUGAUGAUUCCAUCCAAGCAUUGUACCACAAAUUUAACAAGGCCAAGUCAAUGAAGACUAAGAUGUCACACAUUCACGCUGCCCACCCAAUUGCGCAUUACAUCCGAGGUAUGCGCAUUCCCUGUUCCAAGCCUUGGUAUGAAGCCGAUCACGUGCUUUUCAUCAUCAAUUUAAGAAGGGAAAGUCAUUGGGUUUUUGGGCGUCUUGACGUGCACGAAAGGACGUUAUUUCUGUACAAUUCUUUGAGAACCGCGAAGAUGAAUGCCGCAGCUAGGAAUGCGAUGAAGGCUUAUUCCGUGUUGCUGCCCUUGUUUUUCGAUUUACUUGGGUUCUGGAAGAAUAGAGCACAAGUUCCUGCCUCAGUUUCUGACCCUACAGCUCCAUUCAGAAUCGUGGAGCUUAGUGGUCUUGCGUCUCAGCAGAAGAAUGAUUGUGGAGCAUAUGUUGCUGCCUUUGCUGAAUUCUUUAUACACGGAAAGGAUGUCCCUGCAGACUUUGACAUCGAAGUUUAUCGAACCCGACUUGCUUGACUUUUCUACUCGUACGGACAAAGGAAAAUUGACGAAAGUAUUGACAGCGAGGAUGAGAAGCAAACCAAGUCUUCUAAGGCAUCUAAAUUGAAGAAAUAGGAUCUUUUAAUUUGGUGGCUCUAUUAUGUUAUUUGUUGAAUCUAUUUACUUGACAAGUUUUAGUGUUGUUGUGUGUUUAAAACUAUGUAGCUGGUUUAAAACUUUUAGGAUAUUUGACAUUCACUCCUUAUAAUAUCUUUAUUGUAUAGGUUUGUAUUUCCCAAAGUUGUGUGUUUUUUUAAUUGUUCAAGUUCUUAUAUACGGUCGCACAACUAUGGAGAAACUAUUAACCAACUAAAUACAAACUAUGUUUUCAUUUUUCCUAAAUAGUGCUAUGAAUGUAUAUUUAUUCUUCGUAUUCCA